CCGACGGCUAGCCAAAUGCCCCUACCCUAACAGUUAAAUGCCCCUGCCUAAAUACCUAACCGCCCCUACCCGCAUAGCUAAAUGCCCCUUCCCGAAUAGCUAAAUGCCCCUGCCCGCGGAGACAACCUCCAAUUUGAAAGGCAAAAUUCGAGUAUGAUUUGAGUCAAGGAUGUGUCAGUUAACCUCAUAGUUUGAGCUAGGCAUAUUGUCGGGGUGACUACGCAGGGCACAUACAUAUACUUUCCGUUUAGGACCCAGCAAUCGCCCCAACAGAAUCCGGUGUUGGGUGAUCAAUAUCAACCUAUAUAAGUGGAUUCAAUCGUGCAAGCAAUUGGAGUAUUCUCGUUUUGCCCAAGAUUUCCGUUGCUUAACUUCUUCAAAUCCCAGUUGGAGUCUUAGACGCCAAGAUGGAAGAAGCCAACUUCGAAUUUCAGGAGGAGGAGGAGGCCAUCAUCCGCGUGGCGGCGUUCCAUUGUCAAGACUACGAUCAAGCCGUCGUCUGGUCCGAACCUCACAAGCACGACCCGGUCCUGCCAUCCAUCGUCGAGCCGUUUGCCACGUCACCGGCCUGCGAGACUUCCGUCCUGGGCCGGCUCCCCAUCGAGCUCAUCUUCGCCGUGUGCCUGUUACUGGACGUGCGGUCCUGUUUCCACCUUCGUCAAGCCAACAGGCGGGCCCGAUGCAUCGUGUCGAGCCUGAAUGAAUACCGAGCCGUCGCAACACACGGACUAGAGGCCCUCCGCGCCGCCCUCCGGACAGGCAUUGCGUCUCGCCUCACCAUAACCGACCUCUACCAGCCGCUGUGCAUGAGGGACUGCGUCAUAUGCGGCUCGUUUGGCGGGUUCUUGUUUCUACCCACUGCUACGCGCUGUUGUUUCGCCUGCAUUGGGAACGCGCAUCGUCUACAUGUCGUAUCUCUUUCGGCGAUCUCGAAGGCUUCCUGGAUACCUCGUCGGCAACUGCGAGGGAUGCUACCGGUGCUACACAUACUCCCAGGGACGUACUCGAUAGAAAAGAAGCGCUGCUAUGGAUUAGAACACUUGGUGGGACGAGAACAAGCGAUCGCAUUCCUGCGCAGCAUUAGAUACUAUAUUGAUGCCUCCAUCCCCUCGCAUCCCCUUGGGAGAUACGCCGCUUCGACGGCUUUGCCAUAUUUCGAUCGGGCCACCUCUCGCAUCGAAAAUGGGCUCAGCUGCAAAGGUUGCCGGAUUACCGCCGAAGAAAAUUAUUUUGGGGUUGAGGACUUCUGUGACCAGGUAUAUUCCAGGGCGGCUUAUUUACACCAUUUUCGGUUCUGCACCGGUGCGAAGAGACUUUGGGAUGACAGUCGUGGGGGUUUCGUUGCGACCAAGGAGCCGGUAUUGCCGUGGAGAGGAGGGCGUAUAUGGUUCUUUUCUGAUUCUUGAAUGAAUGUGCAUAGACAGACGCAGACCAAACCAUGGGCUUUACCGACUGCUCAGAUGGCGAUACGCCAUCUUAAUGGAGCGACUGUGGUGUAUCCCAAAACUCUCCGUCCCCAAACCUUACAUCCGCGUCCUCCAUCUUGAGCGCCGGCACCCACCUGCCCAGGCCGGGCCAGAAGUUCUCGUGGCCUCUGUUGCUCCCCUCCUCCCCCCCCUCGUCCG